AUGGAUGUGCUGGUGCAGCACUGCUCUCGAUGCCACCGAGGUGAACGUGAGGCUGAGACUCGAUGGGAUGAAAGCUGGGAACCCGGUGUGGACCUCACGGUUCUGCUGAACAGCAUGCAGGCUGAGUAUGAAGCCCUGGCCAAGCAGAACCGCAGGGACGCCGAGUCCUGGUUCAAUGAAAAGAGCGCUUCACUGCAACAGCAGAUCUCUGAGGAUAUGGGAACCACCACCUCAGCCCAAACGCUGGAAAUUGAACUUCAGUCUCUCCUAGCCACGAAACACUCCCUGGAGUGCUCCUUGACAGAGACCGAGGGCACCUACUGUGUGCAUCUGGCCCAGAUCCAGGCUCAGAUCGGGGCCCUGGAGGAACAGCUACAGCAGGUCAGGAUGGAGACCGAGGGCCAGAAACUGGAGUACGAGUAGCUCCUGGACAUCAAAGUCCACCUGGAACAAGAAAUCGAGACCUACUGUCCCCUCAUCGGUGAUGGGGCUUGUGAGUCCAAAGGUUACAAGUCUAAAGAUUAUGUAUCUGGAAAUGUGGGAAACCAAAUCAAAGAUCUGGCCAAACCCAUAGUGGUUAAGAAAGUCCUUGAGGAGGUAGACCAAAGCAGCAAAACACUUAUCACCAGGCUCCACUCCUUGGAGGAGAAAUCUCAAAGCAAUUAA